GAGCCUUUUCUUGGACUCCAUUUUUAGUUUCCGUUUUCUUUCAUUCAAGUCGCGAACACUAAAAGCUAGAGAGAAACAGAAACAGAGACAUUUUGCUGUAAAGAGAUAGAAGAGAGAGAGAGAGCGAGCUCAAUUAGGAGCAACAAUGGUGGUUUCUCCGAGAUGGUUCUCCGCGUGUUCACUGCUGCUUCUUCUAGUGUUGCUUGUGAGCGUAAAGGCCUCAAUAGAGAAAGACGAUGUUGUACAGUCAAGGUCAGUAGAACCAAAGGAGUUGCAGAGUUCUAAGAAUUCAUCAAUGGCGAACAGGUCGGAUGAUAUUCAGAAUGAACACGCUGUAGGUAAUCCGGAUGAAAUAGCUGCUAUGGUUGAUAUGAACAUUCGCAAUCACACGGAGAGAAGGAACUUGGGAUAUUUCACAUGUGGAACUGGUAACCCGAUUGAUGAUUGCUGGCGCUGUGACCGUCGUUGGCAUCUACGCCGAAAACACCUAGCCAACUGCGGCAUCGGAUUCGGCCGCAACGCCGUUGGUGGCCGUGACGGCAGGUACUACGUCGUCAGCAACCCCGGUGAUGAUGAUCCGGUCAACCCAAGGCCCGGGACCCUACGCCACGCGGUCAUCCAAGAUAGGCCUUUGUGGAUUGUGUUCAAGCGUGACAUGGUGAUCACAUUGAAAGAAGAACUUAUCAUGAACAGCUUCAAGACAAUUGAUGGCCGGGGUGUCAAUGUCCACAUUGCCUACGGGGCUUGUAUAACAAUCCAAUUCGUGACAAAUGUGAUCAUUCACGGUCUCCACAUCCAUGAUUGCAAGCCCACCGGAAAUGCCAUGGUUCGGAGCUCGCCAAGUCACUAUGGUUGGAGGACAAUGGCUGAUGGGGAUGCCGUCUCCAUAUUUGGAUCGAGCCACAUUUGGAUUGACCACAACUCUCUCUCUAAUUGCGCUGAUGGCCUUGUUGAUGCCAUAAUGGGCUCGACUGCCAUUACCAUCUCCAACAACUACUUCACCCACCAUAAUGAGGUGAUGCUAUUGGGUCAUAGUGACUCCUACACCAGAGACAAACAAAUGCAAGUGACCAUCGCCUACAACCAUUUUGGUGAGGGUCUUAUCCAGAGAAUGCCAAGGUGUAGGCAUGGGUAUUUCCACGUGGUAAACAAUGACUAUACACACUGGGAAAUGUACGCUAUUGGUGGAAGUGCCAACCCCACCAUUAACAGCCAGGGCAACAGAUAUCUUGCCCCUGCCAACCCUUUUGCCAAGGAGGUGACAAAGAGGGUUGAUACAGCAGAUGGGCAGUGGAAGCAUUGGAAUUGGAGAUCAGAGGGAGAUCUUAUGCUGAAUGGAGCCUAUUUCACUCGAUCAGGACGUGGUGCCGCAGCCAACUAUGCCAGAGCCUCAAGUUUAGGGGCCAAGUCCUCUUCCAUGGUCGCCUCCAUUACUUCCGGUGCCGGCGUCCUUAACUGCCGCAGGGGCUACCAAUGCUAAUUUCGAUUCUACAAAAAAGAAGAAACCAUAUCAGCAAAAAAAAAAAAAAA